UGUUCUGAGCCUGUUGGGGUCACGUUCCCAGAUCAUUUCCCGGCCCAGCUGGGACCCAGGGGCUGAGCCCGAAGCAGAGACUCCAGCUGAGAUCCAGGGAGUCCCAUGAGGGCCCUGCCCCGUUUCUUCUCCGCCCCGACGCAGGCUCCAGCGGCUGCAGCGGAAAGUGACAUAAACAAGGACUGCAAGAGUUUAUCUUUCGUCUGUUUCCUCAUUCCGUGGCCACGCGUCCUAGGAAGCAGGGCAGGGGCGUCGGCGGGGAGCUCAGCGCUGGGCUUGUUCUCCACGGCCUCUGCAAGGAAACAGCUCUUGGGGUUCCCUGAAGUUUUGCCUCGAAGGCUGCGAGUCCUCCCGCGCCGGGCCAGGUCCUGCCUUUUUCCCAGCCGAGCUCGCUACACCGCCUGGACGCCCUGGGCCGGAUCGGCGAACCGCUGGGGGAUUCUCCGGCCAGGGCUGUGUGGGAGGCCGGGCGGUUCUGGGUCGCUGUGCGCUAGGAAGAGCCUCUCCCUGCCCGUGGAGAUGCUGCGGCUGGCUUGCUGGGUAGUGCUGCUGGGACACGUCGCCGCAGGACCAGACAUGGCCACUCAGGCGAGUGACGGCCCCCAGCUCCACCACCGAGCCAGCCAGGACGUCACGCUGGAGUGCAGGACCCGAGCACCCCUGGACCCCGACCCGCACCACCUGCGCGUGCACUGGCACCUCCUGCGGGGGCCGGCGGGGGACUCCGUGGUGCACAGCUACCACGCGGGGGCCGACCAGCUGGGAGACCAGGCCGAGGAGUUCAGGGGCCGGACGCGGCUCCUCCUGGAGGGGAUCCGCGAGGGGGUAGCGGCCCUGAGCCUGGCCGGCGUGCGGCCCUCGGACAGCGGCACGUACCGGUGCUUCAUCAUGGACGGUCAGGGUGCUGACAGCAUGGACAUCGUCCUCCGUGUGGCAGCCCCGUACGAGCCCCCGCAGCUCACUGUGCUCUCCCGGGCUGGGGGGCAGCUGGUCCUGCAGUGCCGCUCCGCGGGGGGUUACCCCCAGCCCGAGAUAACGUGGCACGACGGGAACGGGACCCGGCUGAGCCAGGACGAGCCGGUGGAGCUGCAGCGGAGCAGACAGGGGGGCCUUCGAGCAGGGCUGCAGGCGCUGGAGCAGCGAUUCCCCGGGUGGGCGAUGGCUCUCGUGACGCUGGCGCUCGUGACCCUCGUGUGCGCGGUGCUGAUCCAUUGGGGGCUGCCGCUCAUCCCCGCCGAAGCCUUGGCAGCCCCCGGGGCAGACAUGCGUCUCCUGGUCCCCGCCGGCUCCUCCAGAGACCCCCAGACAGAGAAAGGACCUGGGGAACAAACCCCCAAGUUUAGGCCUUUCUUCCGGAUCCCGGUUCACCUGACCCCUGAGGGGCAACACAGGAGCAGCGGCCUGGAGCUGGGACAGCCAGUUCACGCCAGCCAGGGCCGCUUGUUUCUCGGGCGGUUUGCUCGCAGCACGGCACUGCACGGGCUCCGGGCGCGCCUGGCUCUGGUCGCUGGACCCACCCUCCACCCUGCUGCGGGGAAGCAGCGGAUCCGUCGCUCCCGGGGCCCACCAGGGGAGGCUGGGCAGCUCCCAACCCCCUCCCCCCGCAGGCUGCUCGUCAGGCCGAAGAGCCGGGCAAGGGCACCCCAGAGCGAUGCUGCCCCACGGGAGGCAGCAGGGACCCCGGGGCUGUCAUGUGAAUUGUGCUGGAAGAGCGAGAGGUGUCAGCGCGACACGUCCCCGGCCCGGCACACGGUCGAGUUCGGGAUCCAGAGCCCUUGGCCGGCUCAGCGCUGGGCGCCCGCGGCUCCUGCGUGA